AUGACAAAAUCCCAUUCCACAAGUGAUACAUCCGCUUGUCCUGUCCUUACCGGACCAAACAACUUUCAGAUUUGGAAACUACGUAUCUACACUAAGCUAUGCCGUGAGAAAGUCCUCCGUGUUGCGACUGGUGAAGAGCCGAAACCCUCUCCUGCAUCCGCACUCACUACAUCUGCAUCCGCAGAUGACCCGGUCACUACAUGGGUGCUACGUGACGACAAAGCACUCGGAAUCAUCCAAGGUCACAUAUCCGAUGCACUACUCCUCAAAACCGCAUCCCAAGCGACAUCCAAAGGGCUACUGGACAAACUCAUAGAGAUCCACAACACCUCCAACAUCGCAUCCGCAUUCUACUCCUUUGAGCAACUCUUUGCCCUACGCUGGGAUGGUGCAUCCACUAUCGAAGACCACAUCUCCAUCUUCCAAAACCUGGAGACCCGCCUAACGGGUAUGAAGUUUGGA